AUGGCAGGAGCUCGUCCAAAUGGUCCCCAUUAUACCAGGCCUUUAGUUGCCUUACUCGAUGGCAGAGAUUGCACAGUAGAGAUGCCACUGCUCAAAGAUGUAGCCACCGUUGCUUUUUGUGACGCGUCAGGCACAAGUGAAAUCCAUGAAAAAGUUCUCAACGAGGCCUUUGGAGCUCUUCUAUGGCACUCAAUCACUCUUACGCGAGAAGACCUUCAGAAAUUCAAAAGCCUCAAAAUAAUUGUCAGAAUAGGGAGUGGUUUUGACAACGUGGACAUAAAAGCAGCAGGAGAAUUGGGUAUUGCAGUCUGCAACGUGCCUGGUUAUGGCGUGGAAGAGGCGGCUGAUACCACGAUGUCGCAUAUUUUAACUCUCUAUCGAAGAACUUACUGGCUAGCUGAUAUGGUUCGCAGUGGGAAAAGGAUAAGUGGGCCAGAACAACUUAAAGACGCCGCUGCUGGAACAGCUCGCAUACGAGGCGAUACGCUGGGAAUAGUUGGUCUCGGUCGUAUUGGCGCCGCUGUGGCUUUGCGUGCUAUGGCGUUUGGCUUCAGAGUCGCAUUCUUCGACCCCUACCUAUCCGACGGCAUUGAGAGGUCCCUCGGCAUUGUUCGAGUCUACAAUUUACAGGACCUUCUCUACCAGAGUGACUGUGUCACCCUUCAUUGCACUCUUCAUGAUCAGAACCGCGGUAUGAUCAAUGCCGACACCAUUAAGAUGAUGCGUAAAGGUGCAUUUUUGAUCAACACUGCAAGAGCCGGUCUCAUUGAUGAGGCAGCUUUGACUGCCGCUCUCAAAUCGGGCAUUAUUCGCGCCGCAGCUCUUGAUGUAAUUGACUCUGACCUGACAACAGGUCCUCUCAAGGAUGCCCCCAAUCUUAUUGUGACACCGCAUAUGGCUUACUACAGUGAAAACAGUGUGCGGGAAAUGCGUGAGGCUGCCGCCAACGAGAUCCGUCGAGCAGUUCUCAACAGAGGCCCUGGUGGUUUGCGAAACUGCGUGAACAAAGAGUAUCUUGUUGGCGCCCCCACUAGUCUGUAUAGCGGUCUGAACAGCCAUACUAAUCCUCUUGCUCUUGCUGCCAACACUGCUGUACUGAACAACCACGCGACCGCCAUGGCAGCCGUUCUUUCCAUGCCACCGUUUUCGGGUGCCUCGGGAGCAAAUUCCAUGGGUCUCACCCUGCCUCCAGCCCUUCUCGGCGCUAACUUCGCGUCCACUGCAAAUCUUGGCGGGCCGUCAAACUCAGUGGGAGCGAAUAAUGGUGCUCUGCCGGGUCCCCAUGGAGCCGCUGGUCCUGGUGGCAUGCUGGGAAACAGCGUCCCCUCUUCCAUUCCUGCGCUCAUUCCACCUCCACCUGGGGGAGCGAAUCCUCAGUUUGCACAAAGUGGUCUACCCACGCCCUACUCUCCAUUCCUGCCUCCUAAUUUCGCUGCCAGCCUCUCUGGAUUAGCUGGUCAACAACAGCAACAAUCACAGCCAAAUAGCCAGCCUCCACCGCCACAGCCACCCUCUCAGGCCGCGUCGCAGUCUCAGCCACUGGCGGUUGUAUCCGCGGCGGCGGCGGCAGCAGCAGCGGCCGCGACACAGCAGCAACAACAGCAGAUGCAAACGCUCGCAUCGCAACAAUCGAGUCAAAGCGGUCCGACCAUGUCCAAAGCUGGCGGUAGUCCCGCUCCAAACGUCGGUGGAAAUGGUUCUAGCGGUGGAAUGAACAGCGGUUCCAACGCGCCCCCUACCUCGGAUUCCAGCGUGAAGCCAUCUUGUUCUCCCAACGCGGCCCUCGAUGUGCAGAGCGUUAUCCACGGGAACCAUAACUUCUCGCCUUUUCCCCCUGGCAUGGUAAAGCCGAAGGCCGGUGAUUCUCCAUAA